CAUCAUCUGGACCAGCUCAACCAAACACAUCUCUACACAUCGCAGCGUGCGACCAAAGUUACCGACCCCGUUCUCGCCCAUCUUUGCCCAGCGGUAACCUUGACCUCCUCUCGUAACGACAUCACAUCGUGUUGCGGUCACACUCACGCUUCCCUCGUCUGUACCCUACUUGGCCCCAUCACACGCGACCUCGACAGCCUGAGCGCCCCCCCCCAAGUCCCCGUGGCACCCCCUCCAGUGUCCCCCCCAAUCCAGCAGUGCCGGCGUAUGCGAGUUGACUUCUUCACCGUCCCACCACCCUCCGACUUCUGUCCACCCGCUGGGGAGCCCAGAGACUCGACCAGACCAGACGUCGACGCAAACUGAUACUGGUAGAUGUAUUUUGGUGCACCCGCGACUGACUCUCUUCCCCGGCGCCGACAGAGUGUAACCCGGGAGUUGAUGCCCUGAGACCCUGGAUUGCAGCGGAUUGCAUCACACUGCCAGGCCUCUGACAGCACACCUGGACAACCCCGACUGACCACCUGCAAAAAAAAAAAGUAUCCACUUUCACGCUACCGUGCCUGCCCUGGCCCAUCCCCAACACGCAUUCAAUCCACUUCCAAGCUGUCACCGCACCUCGCACCUCCACCUCCGCAUUAUUCCCCCUACUCCCCCAUCUUCAUUCCAACCAGCAGCUAGCUUCCCUCCCCUCCCCUUCCCUUUCCCCUUCCCACUUCUCCCACACGCAGAUCGGGGCUGCUGCCAAACAGCUCCGCGACCGUCAUCAUUUCUUCCAACACAUCUUCUCGUCGCCCUGCGAAUAUCCCCCUCAGAACUUUAGCAUCACAACCGUCCCAAUCUGAUUCCCAUACCGCCUCGCUGUUGGGAGGACAUUUGGAAGAGAAGCAGGGCCGCCGCUCUUCCCUAUCGCGGUCUUCCUCCGAUUCGGACUUUUCCUGGAGCGAUACAGGAGAUCUUGCAGAACAGCUGGCAGACGCGGAGGAUCCUCUGCAGAUAAGGCUACGAGCAUCGCUAGACGAUCAGGUAUUUGGUGGUUCUUCGAGAAGACCGGCUCGCCAUAAGAAGGUGCAUUAUUCCGAAGACGUCGAUCACGGUGAAGAAAAACACCACCAAUCUGGAUUCGUUAAGGAGGAGAUUGAGAUUCCCAGUCCGGCACCACGACAUAUUAGUAACGCGGAACAUUGGAUAGCCGCCGUCAUGUCGGGGGGAGAAAGACAGAUGCAUGGCCUGACGGGCAAGGCAUUAGUGUAGGAAUUGUAUUCUGUAAAUCUCAACGUCAAACUAACCGUACGGCCAGGUAUUUUACCAGUAUAUUUGUAUCAUUAGGCGUUUUCCUCUUUGGAUAUGAUCAGGGAGUUAUGUCCGGUAUUCUCACGUAUGUUUGAACCCUACCAACCGGUUAGAUUUAGCUUUAGCUCUAAUAUGUUUCCUUCAGAGGCCCUUUCUUCAAGGAUUACUUUAAUCACCCUUCCAGAGCAGAACUCGCUACCAUGGUUGCUAUUCUGGAAGUCGGGGCCUUUGCUUCAUCCCUUACCGUUGGUCGAAUCGGGGAUAUUAUAGGAAGACGGAAAACCAUUCUCUACGGAUCCAUGAUAUUUUUAGUUGGAGGUGCUCUCCAAACAUUUGCGACUGGAAUGCCAAUGAUGAUGGUUGGUAGACUGAUUGCCGGAGUGGGUGUUGGUAUGCUUUCGACUAUUGUCCCUGUAUACCAAUCCGAGAUUUCCCCACCUCACAAUCGUGGCAAGCUUGCAUGUAUUGAAUUUUCCGGAAACAUUAUCGGCUACGCUACAUCCGUAUGGGUCGAUUACUUUUGCAGUUUUAUCAACAGCGAUUAUUCUUGGAGAAUCCCAUUGUUGAUGCAGUGUGUCAUGGGAGCUCUACUCGGUAUCGGUAGUUUGCUUAUUGUGGAAUCACCAAGGUAAUUUAAGUUUUCGAUUCAUUGGUAUUUUUAACUAAUAUUUUCAGAUGGCUCUUGGACAACGAUCAUGAUGAAGAAGGUAUUGUUGUCAUUGCAAAUCUCUAUGGAGGAGGAGAUAUCCAUGAUCCAAAAGCAAGAGAGGAAUACCGUGAGAUCAAGAUGAAUGUUCUGCUCCAACGACAAGAAGGAGAGAAAUCAUACCGAGAUAUGUUCCGGAGAUAUCGUACUCGUGUCUUCAUUGCCAUGUCUGCCCAAGCCUUUGCCCAGUUGAACGGAAUUAAUGUAAUUUCGUAUUACGCGCCACUUGUGUUUGAAUCUGCCGGCUGGCGUGGUAGAGAUGCCAUUCUCAUGACUGGCAUUAACGCUAUCACGUAUCUCAUGUCAACAGUACCUCCUUGGUAUUUGGUGGAUCGAUGGGGUCGAAGAUUUAUCCUUCUCAGUGGUGCCAUCGCAAUGGUCUUGUCACUCUCUGCCAUCUCGUACUUCCUCUUCUUGGAAAUACCAGCAACGCCAACUAUGGUUGUAAUUAUGGUCAUGAUAUACAACGCCGCGUUUGGAUUCAGUUGGGGACCAAUUCCUUGGUUGUAUCCUCCUGAGAUUUUACCUCUCAGUAUUCGUUCAAAGGGAGCUAGUUUGUCCACGGCUACGAACUGGGCGUUCAAUUGGUUGGUGGGGGAAAUGACACCUAUUCUUCAGGAAUGGAUCGAGUGGCGUCUUUACCUUGUCCAUGCAUUCUUUUGCGCUACGAGUUUCGUUGUUGGUAAGUGAUUUUCAUAUCAUUCUUCUGAUUUUGUUAUGCUAAUUAGAACAGUGUACUUCAUCUACCCCGAAACCGCAGGCGUACGUCUCGAAGAUAUGGACACCCUCUUCGGGGACGCAACAACCGCCAUGCCCACGCCCAUCACCCGAGCCGAGACCGGUUCCCUACUUGGUGUCUCCUCGCCCGUUCCAUCCAUGGAUCUGAGAAGGGGCAUGGCGAGUGGUAGUCUUGGGAAUGGAAUUGGACCAUCGAGUGCGAUUCCCGGGUUGGAUAUCGAUCCACCGCAUGUGGCAAUCCGAAAUGGGAAGCCCCAAUACGCGGCUUCUAUGAAUGAUGAUGGGACGCCGAGGAGUGAGGGCGUGGGUGGGUGGAUCAGUAGGAUGGUUUCGAGACAAGGCGGUGGGGAUGGGGAUAGUAUACGUAGUGGGAGUUAUAAGCCUCUGGAUCAAGAGGAUGAGUAGAGGAGUCAGAGAGAGAUCAAUUGAGUGUUGUUUUUUUUUGGUUCACUUGUUUGAUUGUUUAUUUUUUAUUUUGAUCUCUGUUUUACUUCUUGGGCAACGAAAGAAAGAUGGUGAUGGGUGGGUGACGGCGUGAGGUUAGAUGGAUAAAUG